CGCAGGCGUUGUUGCGUGGGGAGGGUCAGGGGGACGAUGCGGCCGUCGUUGGGGAGCGCGCGGGCGGCGUUGUGGAACACGCGGGCGGCGCUGCUGUACUCGCUGGGCGGCUGGACCGUGCUGGGGGCCAUGAUCCACUACCACUCCAGCAUCGGCGGCGGCGGGCCCGAGAAUGAAAGCGGUCCUCAGGCAAACCAAGGAGCCAACCAGGAAGUAUUCACUAGAGAUACAGUUUUAGGAAUACAAGUGACAACAGUAGUAACGUACAAGGAUGUUCAACCACCUAUUACUCGACUGCUCAGGCAUGUGAAAUCAUUCUUUGAUUCUAAUGACAGCCCUCCGUCUGAAAAUUGAGUAGCCUGGAAGCUCAGAACUUUGUGCCGGAGCUGGCUUGUCUGAGAAGGUCAUCCUGGUGCCUGGCACCAGACCGUCGGUGGAAAACUUUCUCUUGCGUUGCUGAAAUGACAGCUCCGUCUCUGACAUAACUUCGCAGAACUCGCAAAGCGUCUGAUCUGCUUGGAUCACUGCUCUUCUUUGCACGUGUACUCAAAUUAUUAAAUGCAGACUGGGUUUUGAGACGUUAAUGAAUCUCCUGCCUGGUGUCCCGUGUCUGUCGGUCUGACCAGGUGGCUGCUGCAGCUUUUUUGUGAAGUUGUGUUCCUAGCUGGCAUGCAGGACGUACCCGGGUGAUCUGCGAUCCCCUCCUCGACUGAUCAGCUCUGGAAUGGGUACUUCAAGAAUGAUUAGUAAAUGGGAAGGAAUGUAGUUUAAUCUUUGGGGUACGAGAGUUGUUAAUUGUCCUUCAAAUAAAAGCUUACAGAAGAUGAA